AUGGCGCAUCAAAGUGCACUUGCAGAAGCCCACCUUGCACAAGGAAGAGAUAUGAACCGUGCCUGUCCCCAGGACAUCAAGGUAGUUGCUCCGCGUGAAUCUCAGGGAAACCACGACCAAGAAAAGGCCGACGACGGAGAAGCAGCGCAAGGGAAAGGGACAAGGCCAUCGGUCAUCGCAGUACUUCGGCCUGAACUUGUUCAUCACCCUUGCCUUGGACUUCGGUGGCAACGAUGGUGGGUGGACAAGCAUCAGCCGGUGCCAACAACUCUGGAGGAGCUGCAGUACCAGGUGGACCUGCUGGUGCUACGUUUGGCCAAAGCAGCACCAUCUGCUGCUGGACUGACACAGUCCACGUACAGGUCUUUCAGAAGGAGACUUGACCUGUUCAGCCGACAAUGUAGAAGACGAGGUCAAGGAGUAGCUCUUGAAGGAGCUUAUCUAGUUCUUUCACAACUACAAGACGUAGCAUGGGAAGCAACAGAGGGAUUGGACUAUGAUGACAUGGAGCUGAGUGAUGAUCCCUUCAAACCCUUGCUGGUCGUCUUGGACAAACUUUUUCAACAUGAAGAAGAAGUAGAACUCCCUGAACAAUGCCAAGAGUUCUUUGAGAAGUUUGCCCGAGAACGAGGUGAAGAACUACAAGCCUACUUGGUGAGGCAUCAGUCGAUGCUUCGAAAGCUGAAAGAGCUCCAGGUGGACAUACCACCCCUUCUUGCUGGUUGGCAUCUGCUGCAAAGGUCUGGAGUGCCGCGGUGGACCCACGUCCAGGUCAAAGCGAUGUGCAACGGAGACAUGUCAGUUGACCGGGCUUCCAAAGCUUUGAUCCGAAUGUUUGGCGGUGACAGCAAGCCGAACGCCAAGGACACCAUCCUCAAAGGUGAGAUUCACUAUAUGGAUACCGAGUAUGAUGACCUUGAGGACUAUGGCUUUGACGAUGUCUACUACCAGGAUGAUGACGCCUACACCUAUGGCUAUGACCCUGACUAUGACGACACCAUUGAUGAGGUGGAAUACACAGGUGAAGCUGACGAGGGCAUCCCGCAGGAGCUUGAUGAAGCCUCACUUGCAGUGGAGGAUGCAUUCAUCAACUACUUGGACUCUAGAAAGAAAAUGCGGGAACUCGCUCUCAGCCGAGGUUUUUACCCUGUGGUUGCCAUCGGCAUGGAUGACAAUGGUGGUGCGUUCAAGGGGCGUGGAAAAGCCUCUGGUGGAAAGGGCAAGUCAAAAGGAAAAGGCCGUGGAAAGAGCAGCGGAGGAAAAGGCAAAUCUGCUGGAAAAGGACACCCUUUGCCUGGUGCACGACGAUACGUUUUUGGACGUCGGCGUGCAGGUGAAUCUACAUCAACUGCUUCGACAACGGCAUCUGCAAAGUCCACAACCAGUGGAAGCACGUCUCAGCAUGGCCCAAGAUUCAAGCGCUACAGGCUUCCAGCCAAUGGCAUUAAGGAAGUCCCUGAUGAAGUCACCAUGGUGGAGGACAACUUCGUCAGCGAGGUGAAUCAGAUCCCUGUUGACUACACCACCCAUGAGAGCAUCAACUUUGUCAGCCAAGCUGUUGGUUGGGCUAUCAUGGACAGUGGAGCUACUCGCACAGUCUGUGGUGAAGCCAGCUGGAACAAGAUCUUGGACUACCUCAGCUUGAGGAACAUGGAGCCUGACAUCGACAAGGAGACAAAGGAUUUCAGGUUUGGAGAUGGUGCCAUGGUGAGAUCGCUUUUCAGAGCGAUGAUCCCUGUCUGCGUUGGCAAGACCUGGCGACAACUCAUUGUGCACGUCCUUCCAGGACACACCCCUUUGCUCUUGGCACGCCCAGAUCUUGAAUCUUGGCAGACGGUGGUGGACUGUGGAAGAAAAACUGUGAUGAUCGGUGAUGUGCAGGUGAAGCCAGCGUUCACAACCAACGGGCACUACAUGAUCAACAUCUUUGACGACCUUGAGGACGUCUUGAGCUUUGCAGAGCUGGACAACAUCGACGUUUCUGUGGAGACCUUCGUGGAUUCAAUGAUCACCGAUGAGGUCUCUGACUUUGAGGCCGAUCUUGACGUCGAGGUGUCAGAAAAAGAAGCGGAGGAGUUUGUCUUCGCUGCAAGUAUGAAAAGCCAACAGCACGAGCGCAAGCUCAAGUUUUGGGAAGUCUACGUGGAUGAAGGGAACCUGAGCAAGUACCUGCAACGAGCAUAUCAUGAUGUGGAGGUCCGGCAGUUUUCUCUGCCAACUUGGAACUUUGAGAUGAAAGAGCAACAAGCCGCUUUUCGACGUCUUGUUGAGCAAGAAGAACCUCAUCACAUCAUGGUGACUCCUGAAUGUCGUCUCUGGUCACCAAUGCAGAACUUGAACUACAGAACACCCGAGAGACGGGAACUGCUCAGAGAUUUGAGGGUUUUAGAAGAAGAGACCCACCUGACCUUCUACAAGGACAUCCACAUCGACGGCAAGCGCCUGGUCUAUGACACAACUUUUGAGAACCCUGCAGACGCAGCUUCAUUCGAAACCCCAACUUUGGACUCCAUGAAGGGCUACUUUGAGACAGUCCUGGAUCGCUGCCGCACAAAGCUGAAGGCAAGUCCUGAGGACGAGAUGUAUGUGAGAAAGCCUACAAGGUUUCGAUCAAGCUCAAGAAAGGUCUGUGAGGCUGCGAACUUGCGUUGUGAAUGCCCCCGAGGAGCUCAUGUCCAAAUGAUGGGACGCGGCUCUGUCCUCAAGAAGAUGCAGAACUACGAGCCUGAACUUUGCCAACGUCUUGGCAACGCCAUCUACUCUGCAAUGGAGAUGGCAUGGAAGAAACGAGGACAAGCUGAGCUGAUGACCAUGGAGGUCGUCGAGAAAUCGACUGAAGAGAUGCAGUACCUGGAACAGAACAAAGAGCUCAUCAAGAUCGAUGGCCAUGAGAUCCUGAAGUCGGUGGCCAAUCUCCAUCGACAACUUGGACAUCCAAAUGGAGCCAAGCUGGUUCUGGCGGUGAAGGCACGACACCUUCCCAAUGAAUUUGUCCAGGUGGCCCGGAGGUACAAGUGUCCGACCUGUUUGGCCAGGGCACAACCCAAGAAUGUGCGUGUGGCGACUUUGCACAAAUCCCCACACUUCAACCACUCCGUGGCCAUCGACACCUUCUAUGUGGAAUGGGAUGGCAAACAGCGUGCGGUCUUCACCAUCAUGGAUGAGUUCAGUCGCUAUGAAGUUGACAUGGAGAUCAAAGAAGAGACGGCUGACAUGGAGAUAGCUCUCUUCGAGUCAACUUGGAGCCGAUCUUUUGGGUUCCCAAAGGUUUUGCGACUGGAUGCCUCUGGUCCUCAUCAAGGGCAACAAUUUGCCGAUUGGGCAUCUGCCCAUGGAAUGUACAUGGACCUGAUCCCACGAGGUGCUCAUCACAGGCUUGGAAUCCUUGAACGGAAUCAUGCAGUCCGACGACGCAUGCUGGAGAUCUUCCACAAAGACAUGCCCGAGCUGGACUUUGAACAAGCCAUCUUGGUGACCUGCCAUCAGAGAAACCGUUUGUCUUCGGUGAAAGGUGCCACGCCUGCCACUUUGGCAUUUGGCUACGUUCCCUCCGAAGGAGGCAAUGCUGAUGACCCUGGACCCGAACAAUUUGGUGACUCUGCUGACUUGGCGCAGGUCAUGGAAGUCAAACAGAAGGCUGCACAGGCCUUCCACUCUGCCAACUUUGACCUGGCGGUUCGAUCAGCCGCUUUGGCUCGAUCACGUGUGGAUGAGGACGAGCUCAUGGUGGGAGACUAUGUCUACUACUGGAAGCCACAAACCCACAAGCUCGACCCUUUCAGGUGGCGUGGACCCGCGAUGGUGGUGUCCGUGGAAGCCUCAAUUGACCGAAAGACCAUGAUCUACUGGAUCGUCCAUGGAAGCUCACUGGUGCGAGCAACACGACAGCAGCUACGCUUUGAGACUGUCCCUGAGCGCUACGAGCGUCAGAGCAAGCCUGCCUACCUUGAGAGCGUGCAGAAACCUUUGCAACAACGACUUUUGGAAGCUCUCAAGCCAGUGCGUGGUCCAGUGAGGGCCAUUGACAUUGCUGGCAAGGCUCAGUCUCCUGACGAUUUUCCUCAGCUUGGGGGGACUGGAGCAGCCGCUGUCGCACCUGGUGAUGCCCCUCCACAUGAACCACAUGCCAAGCUGCCUGAACCCCGAAUCGACUUUUGGGUCGACUACCCCGACAGUGAGAAAACCGAAUCUGAAUCCAAGACCACUGACAAGACUCUCUUGGAUGAGAUGGUGGCCAACAAGGACAAGAACCUGGAUGACCACACUCAAGGCAUGACCGACAUCCAGAAGGAGAUGAAACGGAAGCUGGAGGAAGAACAUCCGGGCAUCAUGGACUCCUCGCAUGGGGUGAUCGACAGGCAAGAUGAUGAACCACCUGUGAACCCUGAUGAUGUGAGCGUUCGAGCCCGUGACAGACGUUUCUAUGAACAAGCAGUGCGUGCUGCCAGUUUCCUCUCCCACGAGAACAAUCGACGACUGGAUGGACUGCCUCCUUCCGGACGACAACUGCCUGCGAAUGCUGCCGCACAAGCAUCACGACCUGCUGCAAAUCUGGUGCCUCCCAGAGCUGACGAUGGUCAACCGAAAACCAAGCAACCUCGAACUGAGGAAGUGCGCAUGGUGGAGGUCCCUGAGGAUGAGGUCAUGAUGGCGGUCGUGGAGAGUCGGUUGUCUGCCGAUGAGAAAAGAGCCUUCACAGAGGCAAAGCGCAAGGCCCUGGUCCCAUGGCACGAGAACGAUGCUUGGAGGCCCUUCAAGAGGACAGCCUGCCCUCCUGGAACCAUCGUGCCGAUGAGGUUUCUCUUGCGCUACAAAGAGAACAAGCCACAUGCUCGAGUCAUUCUCCAAGGCUUCAAGCACAAGGAUGUCAUCGAAAGCAAGCUCGGAGAAACACAGGCACCGCCGACACCGCGAACCAGAGCGGUGACUGACUGCCAACGCUUCACGGCAGCUGAGAUCUCUUUCCUGCUGGGCGAAGGCUACGAGGUUUGGUCCGAUGACAAGGUGGAGCAGAUCCGGCGUGACUUCAUCGCUGAGUUGCCUCCGUCCAUCGAGGACUACCUGCCCCAGUCCGAGAUCGACAAGCUGAUGGCCGGUGAAGAGACCGCAGCUCAGGUACCAACAGCACCUGAGGAAUGGAAUGGCAUCAGCCGCCAGCAGAGAGAGGAAUUGAUCCAAAUUUUGGACGACAGUCUUCUCCUGGGCGUUCCCUGUGGUGCCAUGUGCCCAGAGCUGCGAGAUGAAGCACGAGCCCUGCGAGCUCAACUGACGACCGUACGGGUCGUGGAAGGUGAACUACAACCUCUGAGGGUGGUAAUGAGUUCAGUGCCAGAUUUGCCUGUUGGAACAAUUUUGAGUUCCAGCUCUGGCCGUAGCAACGGAUAG